AUGUUCUCGAAACUCUUCCACACGGAGCAUGACUGGGACUAUUACACGACCGAGCAGCCAGGGGUCGCAUCACGGAGAUUUUACUGGCCUCGGGGACGGAUGCUGGGCGGGUCCACCUCCAUGAACGCCAUGAUCUACCACCACGCAUCCAAAUCCGAUUUCGUCGAGUGGGUUGUCCGCCACGGCUGCGAAGGCUGGGGUUACGACGACCUGCAGCCUUACUUCCGCGCCAUGGAGCGGUUCACUCCCAACGCAGCGCGGCCGGCUAUCGAUGCCAAGCAUCGUGGUGACAAGGGCCACUGGGAGACGGGGUACUCGUGGCUGUCGGAGAUUGGGGAUAAGGGCUUUCUGCCCGCAUGCAAGGACGUAGGGAUUCCCUUGACGGCCGAUAUCAACACGCCCGAGGGUACAUUGGGAGCGACGCGAUUGCAGACAUUCAUCGAUGGCAAGGGCCGGCGGUCCUCCUUCGCCACGGCAUACUUGACGCCCGAGGUGCGCAAACGACCCAACCUGACGAUCGCAUGCAGCGCACAGGUCACUCGUCUGCUUGUUGAUCGACUCAGCGGCCCUGUACCCAGCAUCAUCGGCGUAGAACUCCAAACCAAACGCGGAGGUGAGCUUUUCGAAGUGCACGCGCACAGAGAAGUGAUUCUCUGUGGGGGCGCAACCAACACGCCACAAAUCCUGCUGCUAAGCGGUAUCGGGCCAGAAGAGGAGCUCAACAAACACGGCAUCCCCAUUGUGAAGGUCAAUGAGUCCGUCGGAAAGAACCUCAAAGACCAUCUGGUUCCAACCCCCAUCUCAUGCAAAGCCAAACCGGGCACAACACUGGACUACCUAGGCAACCUGUUGCACGCUCUCCCAGCCCUCGUGCGGUGGCUGGUCCUGGGCAGCGGACCCUUGACGCACAACGCGGGCGAAGCAGCAGCCUUCAUCCGGUCCAACGAGCAUCAGUUUCCGGGCAGGAACACGCCCAAGGACAACACGUCGGGAUCAAUCGGGCCUGAUAUCGAGAUAGUUGGUGCGCCCAUGGCGUUCAUCCACCAUGGCGAGGAGCCCGCACCGCCGGGAGUCAACGUCUUUACACUUGGAUGCUGUUGCCUUCGUCCACAGAGCAAGGGGACGAUAACUCUGCAAAGCAAGGACGCCUUUGAUCCGCCACGCAUCGACCCCAAUUACCUCUCCGAUGAGGAAAACAACGACCUCAAGGUGCUACUUUCCGGUCUCAGGGUCUGCCUACGGAUUAUGCGCAGCCCCGCGCUGGCCAAGUACCUCGAGCCGGUGUCGUCUGACGAUAACCCCUGGUCAUACUGGUGGCCGUAUUCAAGCAGCGAUAUCGAGCAGAUCUCAGACGAGGAUCUAACCAAAUGGUUGAAGGAGAAAGCAUUCACACUAUAUCAUCCUGUGGGGACAGCGCGCAUGGGAACGUCGCCUGCGACCAGCGUCGUCGAUACGCAGUGUCGCGUGCAUGGGGUUGGAAGGUUGCGGGUGCUCGAUGCGAGCGUGUUCCCCGAGCAGAUCAGUGGGCAUCCGACUGCUCCCAUUGGAGCUAUGGCAUAUAAGCUGAGUGAGAUGAUUAGGGCGGGUGAGAAUGGACGUAUGACGGCGAAUUUAUGA